CGCAGUACCGCACGCAACCGCGCGAGGCGCCCGUGAGCCCGCGCUAAGAAGAUGUGAAAAUGGCGGAGCUACAAAUGCUUCUGGAGGAGGAAAUCCCAGCAGGACGGAGCGCUCUGCUGGAUAGUUUCACCAAUUUGGAGAGAGUCGCCGAGUACUGCGAGAACAACUAUGUCCAGUCUCCAGACAAGCAGCGGGCGCUGGAGGAGACCAAGAACUACACCACCCAGUCCCUGGCCAGCGUGGCAUACCUGAUCAACACACUGGCUAAUAAUGUCCUGCAGAUGCUGGACAUCCAGGCGUCGCAGCUACGCCGCAUGGAGUCUUCCAUCAACCACAUUUCCCAGACGGUGGACAUCCAUAAAGAAAAAGUGGCCAGGCGGGAGAUAGGUAUCCUCACCACAAACAAGAACACGUCACGCACACACAAGAUCAUCGCCCCUGCCAAUCCAGAGAGGCCUGUACGCUAUAUCCGCAAGCCUAUUGACUACAGCAUGCUGGAUGACAUGGGCCACGGAGUCAAGUGGUUGCAAAGAUUUAAGGCCAGUGCUCAGAGCAUGAAAGCUGGAGGAGGCGGACUUCCUCGCACAAACCCCCCUACACAGAAGCCCCCCAGCCCACCUGUGAGCGGGAAAGGGACCCUUGGGCGGCACUCACCAUAUAGGACACUUGAACCGGUGCGUCCUCCUGUUGUCCCUAACGACUACGUCUCAAGCCCGACGCGCAACAUGGCGCAUCCCCUGCAGAGCCCAGCACGCAAUGCAUCUGUUAAUCAGAGGAACCGCACGUACAGCAGUGGCAGCAGCGGAGGCAGCCAUCCUAGCAGCAGUCGCAGCAGCAGCCGGGAAAACAGUGGCAGCGGCAGCGUGGGAGUGCCGAUUGCUGUGCCCACCCCAGCCCCACCUACCGCCUUUCCAGCCCCUCCUGCCCCAUCCAACACACCUAAGCAAACACCUGACGCGACCACCACGCCCCCCGUUUGUGACGGCCCCCAUCCGGCCUCUAACCCACCUGUUGAGAUCCCGCAUGUACCCCCUCCCCCUCCCCAGCUCCCCAUUUCUACAGCCCCCACUGGCACAGGAACCGCCCCUUGUGGCAACCCUGCACAAUGUGCGCCUCAGUUUUACAGCAUGAACCGCACGGUGAUGCCGCCUCAGAACACCCAUGUGGGGGGAUCACUGCCUUACCGUCGGCCCUCGUCUGUCACUGGCCAGCCGAACAUGGCCCCCAACCAGAACCAGCUCAAUGGGGGGCCACACUUUGUCCAGAACCAAGGCCCACUUGCGCCCCCUCCCCCUUCCAUGCAGAUCACCCCCCAGCUCCCCCUGAUGGGCUUUGUGGCCCGGGUUCAGGAGACCAUCUCAGACGUGCCGCCCCCGCCUCCCGUCACGGACGAGCCGGUGUUUGAGGAGCCCACACCUCCCCCUCCUCCACCGGAGGACUACGAGGAUGACGAAGACGAGGAGGAGGAGUCAGCAGUGGUGGAGUACAGUGACCCGUAUGCCGAAGAGGACCCGCCCUGGGCGCCACACACCUACCAAGAGAAAGUGGUGGCCAUCUACGACUACUCUCGCGACAAAGAAGACGAGUUGUCCUUCCAGGAGGGCGCCAUCAUCUACGUGAUCAAGAAGAACGACGACGGCUGGUACGAGGGCGUGAUGAACGGAACCACGGGCCUCUUCCCCGGCAACUACGUGGAGUCCAUCAUGCACUACGCUGACUGAGCACCUGCCCUCCCCCUCCUCGGCCGGCCUGGAAGAGGAGGAAAGGAGGGGAGCCGAGGGUUAAAGGUCAAAGACUUUGAACAGACAGAGCAUGAUCACCUCUGGAAGGGAAGGUGGAAAGGAAAGUUUUCCACCUAAACAACCACUACUUUCUUUCUUUUGCCCACUCAUUCAUUUGUGUUGCAUUCAAAUUGCCCUUUUACUUGUCAGCAUCAUAUUUAUUUGGAGGAAGAUGUCUCCUCUUGUCAGCAUCAGUGUCACACACUGCUACGUGGAGGCCUAAGGUGGUUUUAUUUCCUUAUUUUAUUAGACUGUUGCUCACUCGCUCUUCUGGAAGGUCACAUGACCUCGAAAGGAGUUGAAUUGCACAAUAACGGGGUGUUUUUUGUGAGGAAUAACACAGGAGAUCUCUCAAGUCUGGAUGGAGAUGAUUCCAACAUGUUAGACAAGUGGGGUACAGCGGUGCCGAGGUUUGCCUGUAAUCUGCUUCAAAAAAGUCCAACACAAUUUAAAUAGUACAAAAACUCAUCAGAACUGAUGUCAAUCCAUGAAUCUGUGUCAGAUACAGGAGGAGUUCUUGAAUUGAAUACGGGCGCUCACCUUUUUUAUCAAAGUGCUGUCGCUCGCAACUUUCCUUGGCCUCGUGGUUGCUUCUGUUGCUGUGGUCCUCAGCUACAAAGUGCAGCCAUGUGACAAAUCCUUUGAUAACUGAGUCUAUAAGCUCAUUUGGCAAACAGCACACACCCAGGUACCGCUGUAUUAGCAACUAACAUUUGCUGGAUGCAAUAACGCCACUUUGGUUGUAGGCCCCUGCAGGAGGAAGGCAGUGUUCUAUGCACUUACCUUGCUUUUUCUUUGGAUUUGAUCCUCCUGAAAUGAGUUUGCAGAGUGACAUGAAGGACAAAAAACAACGCUGUGUUAAUAAUUGACGUCUUAAUAUUUUUAGACAUGACUUUUUAUUUUUAAUAUUCAGCAGUGAUGCGGUUCUGUGGUCCCCAAGACACGUGUGCCAUAUUGAGGGUGUGGUUGCUUCUUGUUUGACUCCACUUUUUCCCCCCAAGUUGUUUUUAACCAAAAAGCACACACAUUUGUAGUGAAAUGUCGAAGAAUUGAUAUAUGAGAUGUGAUUUGUUGGUUAUGAAGAGAGCCGUGGUGUUGAAAUGGUUUGAACGCCUCAAUACCUCUGAUCUCAGCAGUUUUAGGGGUGUAUCAUCUCAAAUACGCUUGGCUGUGUUGGGUAUUAGCGAGGCCUCAGUGCUUAUGCCAGAAACUUUAUUUUCUACAAAAAAAAAGAAAAGAAAACCAAUAUGCCGGUGGGUGUGUAUUUGAGUCUUGCAUGCCAUUGUUAUCUGUGCUGUCCCAAAACCGGAAAGAAAAACAGUUCUGACCCACCUCAUCCAAGGGGACGGUUCUAGUCCUGCUUGGAGCUCACAUCCAAGGAGCUGCUUUCCAGCCUGCGGGAGGGAAGAUGGAAGAUGGAAGAGGGUCUUGGCUUCUUCCUCUCAUGUCAGCGAGGGAAGCUGUCAUAAUGCCAUUGUGUUGCACAUUUGAAGUGGAAUUGCAGAAGUAUCAUGUUUGUAAAAAUCCAGAGAAGAAAGAUAAUAAAGAUAUAAGAUUGAA